AUGAGCAAGUUUGGUGUCAUGGUCAUGGGGCCGGCCGGCGCCGGCAAGUCCACAUUCUGCGCCUCUCUGAUCACGAAUCUGAACCUUAACCGUCGCUCCGCCUUUUACGUCAACCUGGAUCCCGCCGCCGAAUCCUUCGAGCACGAGCCCGAUCUCGACAUUAAGGACCUCAUCUCCCUGAAGGAUGCUAUGGAAGAGGUCGGCCUCGGUCCCAACGGCGGCCUCAUCUACUGCUUCGAGUUCCUCAUGGAGAACCUCGACUGGUUGACAGAGGCCCUCGACUCUCUGACCGAGGAGUACCUCAUCAUCAUUGACAUGCCCGGCCAGAUCGAACUCUACACCCACAUCCCGAUCCUUCCGGCCCUGGCCCGCUUCCUCGGCCAGACUGGGUCGCUCGACAUUCGCCUGUGCGCCGCCUACCUGCUCGAAGCCACCUUCGUCGUGGACCGCGCCAAGUUCUUUGCCGGAACCCUCAGCGCCAUGUCCGCCAUGAUCAUGCUCGAGAUCCCGCACAUCAACAUUCUGUCCAAGAUGGACCUUGUCAAGGACCAGGUCCGCAAGAAGGACCUCAAGCGGUUCCUGACGCCUGACACGACGCUGCUCGAGGAUGACCCACAAGGCAUCGGUCGCGAGGCGCGGCCCGUGGAUGACGACGAGACGGGCGAUCCGCAGGACCGCGACCUGAUCAUGCGCGGCACCAGCUUCAACAGGCUCAACAGGGCUGUCGCCGGACUGAUAGAGAACUUCAGCAUGGUCAACUAUCUAAAGUUGGACUCGUCCGACGAGGACAGCGUGACGUCCAUCCUCAGCUACAUUGACGACAUUAUUCAAUAUCACGAGGCGCAGGAGCCCAAGGAGAUGAAGGACGAGGAAUUCGAGGAGCCGCAGGACGAUUAG